GGCUGGUGCCUGUGUGACUGCCGCCUGCCGGAGAAAGGCGUUGUUGCUGUGGCUGCCAACAGCUGAUCGUCUCUUUGAUUUUCUUCCCUUCGCCACCACCCUCCCACCUCCACCAACCGCUUUCCCUUAAGGGUCUUCAUUCCGUGUCCACAGAUGUGGGAACUUUAACACCGGCUGCGAGAACAAAGCACCCGUACACACACGCCGUCUUAAAGCAGCUCCUUCUGUCUUUGCUACUGAGUGCAGCCGCAGCUACGGAACAUGUCAGAGCACCGCUUGAUGGUGGAGGAACUCAACGAGCUCUUAGCAAAUGACAGCGGCUUCUACAGCCUCCCAUCCCAGCACUGCAAUGAAGUUUACUCCAGGAUCUAUGUGGGCAACGCAUUUGUUGCACAAAAUCUUAUGAGAUUAGAGCGUUUGGGGAUAACACAUGUACUAAACAGUGCAGAAGGCAACUCAUUCAUGCAUGUUAACACCAAUGCCGAGUUCUACGCAGGAUCUGGAAUCGUCUACCAUGGAAUUAAGGCCAAUGACACAGAAGCAUUCAAUCUCAGUGCCUAUUUUGAAGAAGCUGCAGAUUUUAUUGACACAUCAUUAGCACAAAAGGAUGGACGAGUUUUGGUGCAUUGCCGGGAGGGAUACAGCCGAUCGCCUACUCUAGUUAUCGCUUACCUCAUGCUCCAACACAAGAUGGAUGUCAAGACAGCCCUUUUAACCGUGCGCCAGAAAAGAGAGAUUGGCCCAAAUGAUGGAUUUCUGCGACAACUUUGUCAAUUAAAUGAAAAACUGGUCAAGGAGGGUAAAAUUAAAUCUUAAAACAACCAUUUUGCAAGUAGCCAGUGCCUGGUGUGAAUUUACAGAGGUUUUAUUGUACCAAAUGUUGUCUGUUGAUUUUAGGGCUAGGACAAAGUUUCAAUAUUUCAAUUCUUUCUUCGGGGGAUUGGCUUUCUUUGAAGGAAUAUUUUUCAUGCGUUUAUAUAAAGCCAUAGUUUCAGCAUCUCAAAGAUUUAUUUUAAACUCAUCUCACUAUUACCAAUUUUAUUGAACCUUUAAAAUCUGAUGGAUGCACAUUGUGGGGUAGAACUUCACCAACAUUCUGGUAUUGUUCAUACACCUGAACCUGGAGGCCUGGGUUCAAGUCCCACCUACUCCAGAGUUGUGUAAUAACAUCUCUGAACAGGUUGGUGAAGGAUAUUCUUAGGCCCUCUUGUGGCACAGUGAUAGUGUCUCUACCUAUGGACCAGGAGGCUUGUGUUCAAGUCCCACAUGUUCCAGAGGUGAGUACUGACAUCUCUGAACAGAUUGAUUUUAAAAAAAAAAGAUAAAAUAAAACUUAAAAGUGAGAAUGUAAACAAAGCAGAUUGGUAGAAAUAAUGCACAAAAAUAUCGAAGUGCUUAGUGUCCGUACUGACACAUUUUACCUCUACUGAUGGUAAUGGCAGUGGUUACUAACUGCGUGCAGUUUACCUGCACAUUGGGUCUGUAGCAUGAGGUAUUUGAAGCGCUUGUUAUCCCAUUUUGGAAAAAAAUAUCAACACCGUACAUUGAGUCACCAUCAGAAUUGUAGGUUUCUUUACCUGAUUCAAAGCUGGACCUUUCUCCCAGUUUGAAUCGAUGAAAAUCAAACCCAUAAUUUAUUUCUAAAGCUGACAGCCAGUAGAUGGUUGUGAUUGCCUGUUGGCUCCUCCACGGAAAUAAAGUCAGAGCAUCAUCAGCACUUUUCCCGUAACUGUUCGAUGUUUUCUCACAACCCGUGUAAAUCCUUUAUAGCUUGCUGGCAGGUUUGAUUUCCUUGAGCUGAAAAUGAUUGGCCACCAUAAUUUUGUAUAACCUUGUUAACCAGUCAGGAGUUGUUAUAAUUUAUCUGUUGUGACAUAUUUCUCUUGUGCUUGGUUUGCUUUGCAGCUCCUAUUCUGACAGUUUGAAAGAUACGGCGCUUAAAAUGUCUUAAGUCAGCAAAUAUACUGGUUGGAAUCUGUCCCCUUUCUAAUUACAGCAAAACACAUGACUUAUUUUAAAAAGAACAGGGCUCAGUGUGCAUCUUUUUCAGCUUUAGCAAGUUUUGUUUUCAUCCAAAAGAAUGGGGGAGGUGGGGGAAGGAGAAAAGAGGACUGAAGAGUCCCCUGAAGAAAAUUGAAAAAUAGCUUUGGUCCUUGCUUGACUUAACUAAUUUUGAGUUUGCAAGAUGUUGUGAUUGUUCUUAUUUCUGGAAGGGGUGUGUCAUUAGGACUGUAGCAAUAAGACACUUGUCAAAGUGACAACUGUUCAGAUAUUUUAUGAAACCAGCUGUGCUUUUAGCUACCAAUGGACAAAACAGAAAUCACCUUAAGGUGAUAACUUAUGGGUGCAAUGGGCAUUUCUUCAUCCAGAUCUUAUGCUGAAAUGUUCAGUGAUUUUGAUCACUAGUUAUAACAAGUCAAGAGUCUCAAAUACCAGGAAGGAUUCCCUGUCUAGAACAAUUUAACUAUUCUGAUAUUAAGUGGAAGUUAGCCUUUCUGCUCAGAGGCUGAGGAGGGAAUUAAUGAGCAAGUUUCUCCAUUACCAGUGCUGCCUUAUGACUCAUGUGGAAAGGUGUCCAAGUUUAUGUAAGUAUAGAAUCAGACUCAAUUAUGAUGAAAUCUUUGGCCAAUUAAGCUGCUUUUUCUCUUUACCCAAGUGCUUACAAAUGAAGAAUAAUUACUUGCACCAAAUGCACCAAAAUCCAUGGGACAGUAUCCCAGCGUGGCUACCUUCAAGAGGGAAAGGGCGAAUAAUUUGGAUGGGGCAGGGACAGGGCCAACUGAGAGUUGAGCCAAUUUAUUCUACCUCUGGUUUUGAUUGAUAUGGCUUCCAGGCUGUAAUUUAAACACAUCGUACUCACAGGACUCUUAACUGGCACUUGCAGCUCUUCUCUUGUAGCUAUGAAAAGCUGAAUAUAGUGAAAACAUGACAAACGUUGGUUGGGCAUCUAUUUGUGACUUGCAGAGGUCUCACCUGUGACAGCAUAUGUCCCCGUAGACAUCAGCCAGCAAAAGUAAGAUGAAUGCUCCUCCAUUUUUGAGUAGAAUGCAAACUGCCUUUACGCAUACAGGAAUGGUAGAAAGAUUUAUGACUGAAGCUAAUCAUACGUGAUGAAUUAAUAGUUUAGUAUUUGGCCCAUGAAAGGCUUGAAAAGAUUUAUAACGGGCUUAAUGUAGGUGCGUAAAGUGUGUAUAAUUUGAAAAGUGGACUUACCGUAAUGUACACAGAGAAAAUACCUUAAACAACAAUGUGUAUCUAGUCUAUAUGAGCUUCAAAUGCUUUCUGUUAAUGUUAAAUAUUAAUCUUAUAAUGUAACCUCUGUGCUCCACAAUAGUGAAAGGGAAACCCCUGCCCUUUUUAGGUGAAUGAAGGAGAAUGUUGAGAAUCUUUUCUGGACCGUCAAACUCCCUGCUCCCACAAAUGGUACAACAACACCGAGUACCUAAAGACAGAUACAUUUUUAAAAUCUAAAAGAAGAAAUUAUAUUUUCUUCAAAAAGGAAAAGAGACAUAAGCAAAGAGAACAUUAGCCAGCAGUUCAAUCAGAUGAUGGCUUGCCAAAACUUUCUCUGACAGUUAGCAUGGAGGUAAUGGAGUUUUCACUGAAACUAGUUUCAUAUUCUAGGAGUUGCGCUGGGGAU